UAAUCUUUCCUAGGACCUUCUUAAAGCGGUGAUCAGAUGGAAAUUGCUGCUACGACUUAGAAUUCAGAGAAGGAGCAGACAAUUAUUAAGUAUUUCACAGUCUCCGUGAGAGUUAAUUUGUGUUUUGGACCCGUGUUGUUCUGUCUAGUUACCCUAGUUUUGUGCCUUUCCUGGAAAAUCUACAAAAACUCAGCCGGCUUAAGACUCGGGACUCGCUGGGUGGGCAUUAUCCCAACUGCCCAGCUAGUUAGCUAGCUAGCUUCAAAGUGCUAGGUUUGCUAGCUAGCUAGCUAGCUAACUAACGUGAGCUACAACUGUUCUGCUGUCAGAAACCGGUAUUCUUCGCAUCAUUUAAACUGACAGGAGUGAAGCCACAGUUGAGCUGAAAGCUGUUUGGGCCAUGGAGAACGAUGCUUGUUUAGAGGAGAAGAAUGGAGAAGUUGUCGUGAACCAAGGGAAACAGCCAGCAGCAACCGCUCCUUACAGAUACACCAAGGAAGAACUACUGGAAAUCAAAGAACUGCCGGUCUCUAAUGAAAGACCAGAGUGUCUGUCUGAGAAAUAUGACAGUGAUGGUGUCUGGGACCCUGAGAAGUGGCAUGCCUCACUGUAUCCCACUUCAGAGCGCAGCUCUCCAGUGGAAGGUUUUAAGAAGGACUAUGUGGAUGAUAGAGUUCCUUUGAAACGAAGAAUCCCAGAUCCUCGUGAGCGGUUAAAGGAAGACGAUUUGGAUGUUAUACUGAGCCCACAGCGACGCAGCUUUGGAGGUGGAUGUCAAGGCAAUGCUGCUCUUGCAUCGCAUGUCCGUCGCCCAAUCAGCCCCUUGGAAAAUAAAGAGAAUGAGAGCCUUCGUCUCGGAGGGGCACGCAGAAUCGGCAGCGGUCGGAUAAUUGCUGCACGAGCAUUUGAGAGAGAAGCCCGUGCAGAAAAAGAGAGGGAGAGGGACUUCAAAGAUAAAAGAUUCAGGAGAGAUUUCGGUGACAAACGUGUGUUCAGUGAAAGGAGAAGGAAUGAUUCGUAUGCAGAGGAAGAGCCUGAAUGGUUCUCUGGAGGCCCCACCAGCCAGUCUGAAACAAUUGAGCUCAUCGGAUUUGACGACAAAAUCCUAGAAGAUGACAAGCGCAAGUCCAAGCGAUCAAGGAAGCGAGCAGAGUCUGUAAAAGAAGGAGUAGAGUGUAAUGGUGGACAACCUGAGGAGCAGGAUGUCGGUUUACAGUCCUCUGCUGAUCAAGAGGUCCCCCACCCUGAUGUGUUACCCGAGCAGACGACUGGAGACUUUGACUUCAAUGAAUUCUUCAAUCUGGAGAAGACCAUGCCAGGACUGGCCUCAAUGAUAGAGGACGUCCUGGGGGAGGGCCCUGUAUCGGCUAGCCGCUUCAGUCAGUGGUUUUCUAGUAACCUGAGCCCCUCAGGCAGCCGGUCCAGCAGUCUGAGGUCCACUCCUCAUGAGGAGCUGGAAAAACUUGCAGGGCUCGAGCCUCGCUGCACGUCCCCCAAACACGGUCCUUCCACAUACUUCACACCCAUUCAAUCAUCUGAGUGCAAGGAGAAUGUGGAUAUCCUGGAGCUGCUGCACAAAGCCAAAAUUGACCUAAAGCCUCUUCUCUCCACCCUGUCUGUCAACAAGGCGAGGCUACGAGAAAGCACUAACUGUGGCGCUGUACUCUCACUGGAGGAGGUGGAGGGGGGGAUGAAGGGAAUGAAGCUGAGCUCAGAACCACAGGUUCGGAAGAUGGCACCUCCACAGAGCGGGAACGGCACACCCUUUAUGGCUCAGCAUUUAGAGGAAGCUUUAACUGGUGGCAUCAGUACCCGUCCACACUCACGCGACUCUGACAUGUCGGCCUUUAAUAAACUGGUCAGCAGCAUGAAGGCAAGUGGAACUCUGCCAACUCACCCAAAAACCAACUCAAACAAUCAAACUUCAGACCAUGCUGUAGUGGGUGUGUCUGAAGCUCCCACACCUGGGCAGAAAAACAUAUUUCAGGAGCUUUUGGGAGGUCCAGCUCGUAGUGCCUCACCGACACUACUUGGUAAUCUGUUGGGCAGCUCUGAUGGCCCGUCCUCCACUGCCCCUCCUCAUGGCUUACUACAUAAGGGCCCCUCCCCCCCUCUAUUCCCACAAAGAGCCCCCUCUCCAGACUACUUCAGCAGUCGGUUGCAACCUUCAGCAGGUUUUCCUGUUGGUCCUCAGCCCAUGCUGCCAGAACAGUUCACUGAUGUACACAGGCCGAUGAGCCCUCAAUCUGCAUCACAGCAACAGAUGAGGACGCUCUCUAUGCCAGUAAAUCAGGCAGACCUGGAGGCCAUGGCAUUCCAGCAAGAUCUGGCUCUUCAUGCCCACCACUCAUUCCAGGCCGGCUACAAGCCACCACAGGAAAAAUCUUUUCGAAAUAGGCUUCAGCGUGUAAAUCGCUCCCCUGGUCCAGGCCCUCAUCCUGCUGGAAGGAACUCUCCAGGCAAUGCUGUAACCAGCAUGUUGUCUCCAUCAUUUACACCCACAUCUGUGAUCCGCAAAAUGUAUGCCACAAAAGAGAAAAGCAGAGAUGAACCAUCAGGUCGUUCAGAGAACAAGGAGGAGACAACGGCACACUCUCAAGAUGACAUAAGCUCCCCAAAUCUGUACUUGGAAGGAAUGGAUGGAAACACAGCUCAGUCUGCUGGAGUGAAGGCUGGCUCCCAGAACUUGGCAAACAAGGACCAGGAGCGUCUCAGGCCCGGCUCUGCUGGACACCAUACUCCUACCAUGAUCCCUCCAGGACCCUCCUCUUCUUUUCCUCGCCCCAUCUACCCAGUACCGCUGCUAUCUCAUGUACCCAUGGUGCGCCCUCCUCCCCAGCUGCACCCUAAUGUGGUUCAACGAAUGCUGGCUCAAGGUAUCCAGCCCCAGCAACUUGGACCUGCUCUUGUGCAAGCAGGUAUUUUCCCUCCUCAUGUUGACCUUGCACAACUUCAAGGCUUGCCUCCUGCCUUGCUGGGACAACCGCUGUACCCUCUAAGUGCAACAGGGCAUCCACUUCUACCUCCCAGAGCCAACACUCAGAUGCCAUUAGCAGUAAUGCAGCAGCAACUUCAGCAACAGAGGCCAAUGCAUCCAGGUGUCCCCGGCCCUCCAUCACAGAGCCAAGGCCCCCAGUCACAGAGCCAAGGCCCUCACCGGACAAACGGCCCCCAGCAGCACGGAGGCAGCCCCCCUCUAGGCCUCGCCAAGUGGUUUGGAUCAGACGUGUUGGAGCAGCCACUCCCCUCCAUGCCGGCCAAAGUCAUAAGUGUAGAUGAGUUGGAGUUCAGGUCAUAAGAAAAAGAAAAAAAGAGCUGGAUUUUUUUUUCUUUUUGCCCAUCUCCACCUCCUCUGUACCAUGAAAAUGUGAACUUUAAUUUGAAUGAUGGUGCACAGACCGGACAGUCUAACAAUGCCAUGCUUUGUCUUCAACCUUGAAGUUGCUACUUUUGAAGAGGCUUAUAAUCAGGAAUAGAAAGACAAGAGAUGGCAGUUUGUUUUGCUGGCUGAGUGUUUUUUUUUUCUUUUUGUAUCUGUAUUAGGAUGUGCGCAGUAAAUAAUGUAUAGGCCCAAUUGUACAGACCAUGGGAAAGAAUCUUAUUCUCCCUGUAUAUAGCUCUUUUUUUGUUCUGUUUUGGUAUGGGAAAUUUGAAAGUCACCAAAGGCUAGUUGCAUUCCUUUGUCAUGUCCAACUCUAAUUUUUUCCCCUUGAAGUGCACUGAGAAAGGGCUACUGUAGGUGGGAAGAAUUGGAUUGAUGAGUAACUGAAGUGUGUACUCUCCCUCCCCUUGUGGCCCUUUUCUGUAGAUGUGACUGAAGCAUUUCAAGACAACUCCCGAGGAUGCAGCAAGUGCUGGUUGUGCCUUUUCUUUCUUUUGUUUUCCUUUCAAAACUGUAUCCUUUUCCAUCCGACUUGUCACUGGGGGGGCGGCACUGCUCACAUAGUCAGUUUUCAAGGGUGGCUGGGAUUCAGUUUGUUUAUGUGCUAAUAAGUUAUAUAAAGCACAAAUAGAAUUAAUAAAUAAAAUCUUCAGUAAAACUGUUUCCUUAUUGUUAAAUGAUAUUGAACCUUUAUUAUGUUAUGAUUAUAAUGUUCUGUAGUAAUUUUAUUUCUCUAAAUAGGUGAGCACAGAUUGAACCAGAGAGGUUUUGAGUU